UGGACGAACUGAUAAACCCUAGAAGCCGCGUCUUACGAACAUAGGUCGGAAAUCGUAGAACUUUCCUCCUGAUUUUCUCUCAGUCCGUCCAAAAUGUCGAAGCGAGGACGUGGAGGUACAUCGGGAAACAAGUUCAGGAUGUCCUUGGGUCUGCCCGUUGCAGCCACUGUGAACUGUGCCGAUAACACCGGUGCGAAGAACCUAUACAUAAUCUCGGUAAAGGGGAUCAAGGGCCGUCUGAACCGGUUGCCCUCGGCUUGUGUCGGUGACAUGGUGAUGGCCACUGUCAAGAAAGGCAAGCCCGACCUGAGGAAGAAGGUUCUCCCGGCUGUCAUCGUUAGGCAGCGCAAGCCAUGGCGCAGAAAGGACGGUGUUUACAUGUACUUCGAAGAUAACGCCGGAGUCAUCGUGAACCCCAAGGGAGAAAUGAAAGGUUCCGCCAUCACUGGACCCAUCGGAAAGGAAUGUGCCGAUCUCUGGCCGAGGAUCGCUAGCGCUGCCAAUGCUAUCGUUUAACGGUUUAACGUCUGUCUCUUUCGCCGAAAUCGAGCUCUCUCUUCUCUGUGAAAACCUCAGAUUUUUUAUUUUUUGGGGUAGGACUGUUCAUGUUUUGAACCUCAGAUUUUGCAUGGUAAUUAUUGCAAUCUUCAAUCCUA